AUUCACGUGUUGUAGUGUGGGUAGACGCCGCAACGUUCCACUGUCCAAGUGUCCAUCACUAGCAUCAGUCCCGAUUCGGACUGCAAGAUUUUAUUUUAACAUUAACUAAUUUUUUAUCUAAUUAUGGCUGAAGAAUCAAAAAACAAGGAUAGCAUUGAUACCCAAUGUGCUGAGCAGACUGAAGCUCCAGCCACUGAUGCAAAGCAGUUGGAUGCAUCACCUGUCAAAGACAAAACUCAGAACAAUGACACAAAAGAAGAGCCCACUGUGGAUGAGCCCACCUCAGAAGAUAACCCAGCCCCUGAAGAGAAAGUUGAAGCUCCUGCAGAUUCAGUCAACAGUGAGGAUGCAUCAAAAAAUGGAGAGAUCAAUUCUCAGCUCAGAGAUAAAAUAGUCACACAAAUUGAGUACUACUUUGGUAACUACAAUUUACCGCGGGACAAAUUUCUGUCAGCUGAGAUCAAGAAGGACAAUGGCUGGGUCCCCCUCAGCACAAUGACUAAUUUUGCAAGACUGGCUAAGCUCACCAAAGAUUGCAACAUUAUUGCCACUGCCAUUAAGAGCUGUGAAAAUACUUUUAUGGAGGUUGACCCAACUUUGACCAAGAUUCGUCGCAGUGUUGAUGAGCCUCUCCCUGAACUGGAUGAAGACCUGAAGGAAGAGUCUAUCAAGCGAACAAUUUAUUGCAAAGGCUUUCCUAAGGAUGGAUCCGUAACUCUUGAUGAGCUCCUGGAAUACUUCAAACAGUUUGGCAGUUAUGACUCUGUGAAGAUGAGGACAUACAUCGAUAAGACCACCAAUGCCAACGGCUUCAAGGGGUCAGUUUUGGUGGUGUUCAAAACUGCUGAACUUGCUAAGGCAUUUUUAGAACGCCCGCCCACCCAGUACAAAAAACUGUACCUCGUCAAGAAAUGGUUUGCUGACUACCUCGAGGAAAAGAAGAAAGAGAGGGACGAGCGUCUUGCCAAGAAGGCUGCGCGUCUCGCCAAGACUGGUGAAGCAAAUGGAGAGGCCAAAGAAGCCAAGCCACUGGAAGAGGUUGCUCGAGGUUCGUUCUUGCUGGUGUCAGGCUUCAAGGAAAACACGUCGCGGGAGGACAUCAAAAACGCCAUUUUUGAUCUGACGCACGACUGCGCUUUUGUGGACUUCAGGCGCGGUGAAGACAAAGCUUAUGUCCGCUUCACUCAGGCGGGCACUAACCAACAAAUGCUAACGGCACUGCAGGGCAAUCUCAAGGUGAACGGUGCUGAUGUGACGCUGAGCCUCGUGGAGGGCGAGGAAGAGGACGCGCAGAUCAAGAAGGCCAACGAAGCGAGGCACCGCGCAGUGGCCUCAGGUCAGCAGCAAGGCAAGAAGAGGCGGGGAGGCUUUGGUGGACGAGGAGGCCGCAGCAAACGUCAGCGUAGAUAAUUGUUAAUCUUAGCUGUCUUUCAAUGAUCGGGUAAAGAUACCCAUUUUUUUCCGGCUGUCAUGUAGUGUUAAUCUUGGCUGUCUUUCAAUGAUCGGGUAAAGAUACCCAAUUUUUUCCGGCUGUCAUGUAGUGUUAAUCUUGGCUGUCUCUAAAUGAUCGGGUAAAUUUACCUAAUUUUUUCCGACUCCUGACAUGCAGUGCAACAAUUUUAUUAGAUUGUCGGGAUAGGGCAUUAGAAAUCCAAUGUUAUGAAGAUAGCAAUCUCGGCAGUGUUUUUCUUGCUUUUAAUUUAGUGAUGACCAAUGAAAUACAAGUUCAAUUCAAGCACACGCCGAACAAGUGCUUCUUUUUCCAUUACUGACAAGAUCAAAGCGGUGUGUUUAUUUUGUUCACAAUUUAUCUACCACCUCCUUGAUUGCGGCAUGAAUGCAAUUCGUGAUAAUUA